CAAAAAGAAAACCAGUUGAGCUCCAGGUAAUUAGGUAUCUUCAUCACCAAGAUGACCACCCAAAAAAUAAAAAAUGACUGUAAAACCGACUCUUUCUAUAUGAUGAAUACAAAAACAAUAAUAAGCCAACCCUAAAGAUUUGUUGCUUGCAAAACCAGUAACCUAUCAUCCUCAUUUAUAAUUAAUUACUUUAAUUUCAUGCAAGCUUACAAAUUCCUUCUACAUAUAUAUACACCAUCACCCCUUCCUUUUCUCUCCACUCUUAACAACAAACAAAACCCAUAUAAUCUCUAUUUACUCUGCAUCGAUCUUCACAAAUCAUGACAAUGGCUAUGAAUUCUCCAUCUCCAAGAAAUUUUCUUGUUGUCGUAUUCAUGAUAACCAAUUUAUUUCCAAAUUUAAGGAUAUCAGAAACCUUAAUUAUUAAUACAUGUCCUACGCCACCUGAGCUAUCAAAUAGGCUUCAGGUGGAUCCUGCCGCCAUAGAAUCAGUCUCUACUGAUUAUGGAAAUAUAGUUCAUGACAAACCGGCUGCUGUUCUUUACCCAACGUCCGUACAAGACAUAUGGAGUCUUGCAAACGCUUCGUUUAGAUGUUCCGUUCCUUAUGGAAUUUCAGCUAGAGGGAAUGGCCAUUGUACCCGUGGACAGGACAUGGCUUACAACGGAGUGGUAGUGGAUAUGAAAGGUUUAAGGGAUAUUGGGAAGGGGAUUAGUAUUAAUAAACAGGGAUUGUUUGCUGAUGUUGGAGGAGAGCAACUAUGGAUUGAUGUGUUAAAUGCAACAGUAAAAGAAGGAGUUGCGCCUGUUUCUUGGACUGACUUUUUGUACCUAAGCGUUGGUGGGACUCUUUCUAAUGCUGGAAUCAGUGGUCAAGCUUUUCGUUAUGGUCCACAGAUUACCAACGUUUACGAAAUGGAUGUUGUUACUGGUAAAGCAGAGCUCAUUACCUGCUCCGCAAAUAACAAUUCAGAGCUGUUUUAUGCUGUUUUGGGCGGUUUAGGUCAAUUUGGAAUUAUAACCAGAGCAAGGAUUGCUUUAGGCCCCGCUCUCAAUAGGGUUGCAUGGGUACAAAUACUUUACAGCAAUUUCACAGAUUUUACAGAAGCCCAAGAAUAUUUUAUUUCACUCCAUGGAAAGAAACAAGGGAAUAAUAUCACUUACCUGGAAGGUGGAAUUUUAUUAGACAAUGGGACUCCUAAUACUUGGAGAACCUUCUUCUUCCCACCAGCUGAUAUUUCUAACAUUACUUCCCUAAUCAAAAGAUAUGGCAUCAUUUACAGUCUAGAACUAGCACUCAGCUAUGACAACACCAGCAAAGGAUCUAUAGAAAAGGAAUUGAAGCGGUUUAUGGAAGGACUUAAGACUGUUCCUCAAUAUAGCUAUGGAAUAGAUGUUUCCUAUAUAGAGUUUCUAACUAGAGUUCAAAUUACAGUGCAGAAGAAUGAAUCACAUCCAUGGCUAAAUCUCUUUAUACCAAAGUCUGGUGUCUCAGACUUCAAUUCUGGUGUCUUUAGAGACAUUAUUCUUAAACAAAAUAUCACCACUGGACCUGUCCUUUUCUACCCCUUGCUCCGUGACAAGUGGGAUGAUAGGAUGUCUGCUGCUAUACCAGAUGAAGAUAUUUUCUAUACUGUAGCAAUUUUGUAUACAAGUGGAGUUAAUGAUUGGCAGGUUUACGAGAAUCAAAACAAAGCAAUUUUGGAUUUCUGUGAUAAAGCUGGUAUUAAGAUCAAGCAGUAUCUUCCUAAUUAUGAUACUAAAGAAGAGUGGAUUACACAUUUUGGCUCCAAAUGGGCAACUUUUGAGCAGAGGAAAGCUUUGUUUGAUCCAAAAAUGAUUCUGUCACCAGGACAGAGAAUUUUCAACAAUAUUAGUAUUCAUUUAAAUUAAUUCAUUUAACUUCUUGUAAU